GGUCCUCUCGCACCACCAGGCGCUGUGCCACCCUAACCCUAAACCCUAAAUUCCAACCCCGCACACUUUCCCCUGGAAUCUCUUACAUGGACAUAUCGCUUCAUGCGCUGCCAUGGCAACCGAUCUGGCUUGCCUGCGUGCUCGCCCCUGAGCGGCCGGGUGACGUCACGUUGUCGGUGGUGACGGAGACGCGGUAGAGUGAGCGCGCGCGCGCUUCAGGAGGCAGUGUCAGUGCGCGCUCUUCGGCAGAGGAGACGCGACGCGCUGCGAAGCCAUGGAGACCCUUCUGGGAAUUAUUAAUGCUAAUAAUAAAAAUAAUAAUAUAAUUACUGACGCUGCUGUCAUCGCGCGGGGACUGUGAAGAACGCGGAGAAAUGGCUGAGAGCAGGCUGGAGUGGGUGGAGAUCAUCGAGCCGCGCACGCGGGAGCGCAUGUACGCCAACCUGGUGACGGGCGAGUGCGUGUGGGACCCCCCACAGGGUGUGCGCAUCAAGCGCUCGGGCGAAGACCAGUGGUGGGAGCUGUUCGAUCCGAACACCUCGCGCUUCUACUACUACAGCGCCUCGUCACAACGCACUGUCUGGCACCGCCCCCGUGACUGCGACAUCAUCCCGCUGGCCAAGUUGCAGACACUCAAGCAGAGCACUGACGCCCAGCCCGGCUCCGCCCACCAGCCGCACCGACGGCGCCGCGCCUCCGCAGACAGCAGCCCUGGCCGUGGCAGCGCCGUGAGCACCUCCUCCUCGCUGGACCAGGAGCUGACCGACAAGCAGCCCUCGGGAGCAGGGGAGGGAGAAAGGACUUCCCCAUUCCGCUGGAACACGGGCACUAAGGAUCGCAUGCUCAUAAAGGUGACAGACCGUGAGCCCAGCUACCUGUCCCACCAGGAUAAUGGCUUCUCUCCAUGUGAGGUUCCUGGUGGUGGAGGUGGUGUUGGGGGUACGUCUUGCUCCCGCCGCUCCACGGGCCACUCUGAUCCGGACAGUCCAUCCAUCCUUUAUCCCGAUCGCCGCCAGUCCCCCUACCUGAAGCGGGCUGAGCUGGCAGGGUCACCGCUGCUGUGUAGCGGGACCUACCGACGCCCUUCUGCAGACUCGCAGCCCCCGUCACCUCGUUAUGCCUAUGAGCCCCCCUUGUAUGAGGAGCCACCAGCAGAGUGUCAGCCACCGCCCAUCUAUGAAGAGCCGCCCUCUGACAUGCGCUGCGAUACCCAAGGUCCUCCCUCUUCCCCAGCCCACAAGGCCCAGCCAUCUCCAUCGCUCUUCCACUCACCCAAGCAGGGACAGUCACCGUACCAGCAGCUGGUGUUGACCCGCCAACGGGGUCCGGACAAAUCCCAGAGUCUGGAGUACAGCCCAGCUGGUAGGGAGUAUGUGAAGCAGUUGGUGUAUGUAGAGCAGUCAGGCUCCAGUCCCCGCUUCCGCACCGUGGACCGACCAACACGCUACCAGGCAUCGGUGGGCUAUGGAGGACCCGGCAGUUCGCACACACUGCAGCACAGCAUGUCUCUGAUCCGUGACCCUCGCGAGCAGGGUAGAGUUGGCCGGCAGAGGCCACCGCACGAGGAUGUGCCCUCCUGGGCAUCCGCAAGCGGUCAGGACGACUCCCUACCAACAGCUGUGGUAGGGGCUGGCUACUCCCCAGGAGGCCACCGCAAGAGAAAGAGCCGCAAGCCCUCCCUGCCACAAGAGGUGCUGGCCCACUGUGGGGAGGCUGAGCAGGGUGGGAGCGGGGCCCCUGACUCGCCCCGAACGGGAUACCCCACCGAAGCAGUGGCGGCCCAGGCCCGGCUAGCAUGGGAGGCUCAGCAGGUGCACCUGAUGAAGCAGCGGAGCAGCUGGGAUGCCGGACAGGUGCAGGGCAAGCCUGAGGGUGGGGAUGGCUACGAGAGCGACGGGGCGGUGCCGCAAUCCCUGCCUGGCCCGGUGGUCCGGGCCUUCAGUGAAGAUGAGGCUCUAGCCCAACAUGAGGGCCACCCUUGGAAGCGCAGCACCUUUGAGAGACUCGGCUUCCCUCAGGCCCUGCUGGAGAAGAGCCUAUCUAUGCAGACCAGCCUGGCUUCACCUGAACCCUACCUGCACCCCUCUCAGUCGGAGGACCUGGGAGCGUGUGCCCAGUCUGAGGCGAGCCGGAACGCCCGCAACAUGAUGCCCAGCGCCAGCUGUGGGGUCUUCCCAGAGUUCAGCCUUCGCAAGCCAUCCUCUGAGACGGACAUCGAGAACUGGGCUUCCAAGCACUUCAACAAACACACGCAGGGUCUGUUCAGACGCAAAGUCUCCAUUGCCAACAUGCUUUCGUGGAGCAGCGAGCCAAUCCGCAAGCCCAUGAUCGUCACGUCGGACCGGGUUGUGAAGAGGGAGGCCGUGGAAGUCUUCAAACUGAUCCAGAUGUACAUGGGUGACCGCCGCACCAAGGCGGACCCCCUGAGUGUGGCACUGGACAUCGUGGUGAGGGGAUGGAGCUACCAGGGUCUGCGCGAUGAGCUCUACAUUCAACUUUGCCGCCAGACCACGGAGAACUUCCGCUAUGACAGCUUGGAGCGUGGCUGGGAGCUGAUGGCCAUAUGCCUGGCCUUCUUCCCACCCACACCCAAGUUUCACUCCUACCUUGAAGGCUACAUCUACCGGCACAUGGACCCGCUCAACGACACCAAGGUGACGCAGCACAUUAGCCAGCUGCUGGCAGCCCGGGACCAGAGGAGGCACAGACCGCGGCGGAAGGGCAAACGCACCGGGGAGCCGGCCGAGGGCGUGGCCAUCAGCAGCUAUGCCAAGUACUGCCACCGCAAGCUGCAGAAGGCGGCCUUGUCUGGAGCAAAAAAGGGUUUGCAGAAGCCCAGCCUGGAGGAGAUAGUUCAUGCUCGCAGUGCCAUCUUCAGUGCCUCCAUGUUUGGUAGCUCCCUUGAGGAGGUGAUGGCAUUGCAAUGCGAGCGCUACCCUGACCGACAGCUGCCCUGGGUCCAGACUCGUCUCUCAGAAGAGGUGCUUGGUCUCAAUGGGGACCAGACUGAAGGAAUCUUCAGAGUCCCAGGGGACAUAGAUGAGGUGAAUGCACUGAAACUUCAAGUGGACCAAUGGAAAAUCCCCACAGGGCUGGAGGACCCACAUGUUCCAGCCUCGCUGCUCAAACUAUGGUACCGGGAGCUGGAGGAGCCCCUGAUCCCCCACGAGUUCUACGAGGAAUGCAUCUCCCACUACGACAACCCCGAGGCUGCUGUGAACGUGGUCAUGAGUCUGCCCCACAUCAACAAGCUGGUGCUCUGCUACCUCAUCCGAUUCCUUCAGGUCCGUACCGCUUCUUGGCUGCCAGCCUGUCCAUCCUGCUGUCCACUUGGGCCUCCUGUCUGUCAACCAGUCUGUCCUGUCCUGAAGGACAGACAUGUCAUCUUCCACCUGAAGGUCCUUACUUCUUCCAGUCUUCAUGUCUUUUACUCUAUGGUUCUUCAACACCUCGUGUCAUGUUCUUCACAUCUGCAUGUCUGUCUGUCCAAAUGGUCUUAUGCAACCAUGUGAUUCUUGAAGGUACCUUGCUCUGUGUCUCUCUGUCCCACUGGUCCUCUGCUUCAUUCCUGUGUUGUUUUUCCAUGACGGAAUGUAGGACUCACCAGCAAUCCUUUACUUUUCCCCCAUUCCACACCUGUGCUCAGGUGUUUGCCCAGCCUGCCAAUGUGGCCGUCACUAAGAUGGACGUGAGCAACCUGGCCAUGGUGAUGGCACCCAACUGCUUGC